UAUCCUUUUCCAAUCUUCACCUUCACCCAUUCUUCUCCUCAUUUUCCCCUCCUCCACCCAAUUCACCCCGAUGACCUGACCAUUCUGCAGCUGCGUCAAAAUUACCAAAAGGAAAAAGGAUCCCAUCCCAUCUCACCACUGUUGCAGACAGUUGUAGAAAGGGAGAGAGCAAAGCAACCAAGUCCGAACGAAGGCCAGGCCAGGCGAAGGCGAAGGCAGAGGAGCACCUGAGUUCUGCCACCCCCAUCCCAAGCUAGGGUUUCCAUUCGAUUACUCCUUUCUAUGGGGAAUCUCAAUCUCCCCUCUUUCUCUUUUAUCUCGUUCUCAACCUAGGGUUUUCCAUCCCACCACCAUCUUCCCACUUCUCUUCUCCUCUUUCCCGCUUUUGCAUGACACCUACCAAUUCCAGUUCCAAUUUCCUACCUACCUCCCAGAUCUGUCCUCAUAUUCACUAGAAUGGCCUCCUCCGAGGUUUCCAUCAACCCCAAUUCUGCCAAAGACCCCGAUCCACCCAUCGCUCUCUCUGCCAGGGAUGCUGAAAUCGCCCUCUACACCGAGCUUUGGAAUGCUUGUGCUGGUCCUCUCGUUUCUGUCCCUCGCGAGAAAGAGCGCGUCUUCUACUUCCCCCAGGGCCACAUCGAACAGGUGGAAGCAUCCACUAAUCAAGUGGCGGACCAACAGAUGCCUGUUUAUAACCUUCCAUCCAAGAUCCUCUGCCGCGUUAUUAAUGUUCACUUAAAGGCUGAGCCGGACACUGAUGAGGUAUUUGCACAAAUAACUUUGCUUCCAGAGGCUAAUCAAGAUGAGGAUGCUGUGGACAAGGAACCCCCUCCUCCUCCCCCACGGAGAUUUCAUGUGCAUUCCUUUUGCAAGACUCUGACUGCUUCUGACACCAGUACUCAUGGGGGAUUCUCAGUCUUGAGACGCCAUGCUGACGAAUGUCUUCCACCACUGGACAUGUCACGACAGCCUCCAACCCAGGAGUUGGUUGCAAAGGAUUUGCAUGGAAGUGAAUGGCGUUUUCGUCAUAUAUUUCGAGGACAACCACGAAGGCAUUUGCUUCAGAGUGGUUGGAGUGUUUUCGUGAGCUCAAAAAGAUUGGUUGCAGGAGAUGCUUUUAUAUUCUUGAGGGGUGAGAAUGGAGAACUGCGUGUUGGUGUUAGGCGAGCCAUGAGACAACAUGGCAAUGUCCCCUCGUCAGUCAUAUCUAGUCAUAGCAUGCAUCUUGGUGUGCUUGCAACUGCUUGGCAUGCCAUUUCCACAGGCACGAUGUUCACCGUCUAUUAUAAGCCUAGGACAAGCCCUUCUGAAUUCAUUGUUCCAUAUGACCAGUAUAUGGAGUCCAUUAAGAAGAGCUACACCAUAGGAAUGAGGUUCAAAAUGAGAUUUGAAGGUGAAGAAGCUCCUGAGCAGAGAUUCACGGGCACUAUCAUUGGAUGUGAAGAUGCUGAUCCCAAGAGGUGGAAAGAUUCCAAGUGGAGAUGCCUGAAGGUGAGAUGGGAUGAGACUUCUACUAUUUCACGUCCUGAGAGAGUCUCACCUUGGAAAAUUGAGCCUGCUCUUGCUCCUCCUGCACUAAACCCAAUUCCAAUUACUAGGCCUAAAAGGCCUCGAUCAAAUAUGGUGCCUACAUCCCCUGAUUCCUCUGUCCUUACACGAGAAGGCUCAUCAAGAUUGGCUGUAGACCCUUCACCAGCCAGUGCAUUUACAAGGGUCUUGCAAGGUCAAGAAUUCUCGACCUUGAGAGGCAAUUUUGGUGAUGGUAAUGACCCUGAUGCAGCUGAAAAGUCUGUUAUGUGGCCUCCUUCGCUUGAUGAUGAGAAGAUUGAUGUGGUUUCCACGCCUAAUAAACAUGGAGCAGACAGCUGGAUGCCUCCAGGAAGGAGCGAGACAACCUAUGCAGAUCUUCUGUCAGGUUUUGGAACUAAUCUUGAUUCUCCGCAUGGUGUCCGAGCUGCCAUGGGAGAUUCAGCAGUAGUAGCUGCGAGUUCAAUCAGAAAGCAUGCAAUGGAUCAAGAUGGAAAGUUUAACUUCCUUGGUGGUAGGUCAUGGUCUGUCAUGUCUUCUGGUGGUCUCUCGCUCAACCUGGUUGACUCUAGUCAGAAGGCUCAUAUUCAGGGUGGUGACUUACCUUACCAAGUGAGAGGAAAUGCUACCUUUAAUGGCUUCGGUGAUCAUACCAUGGCCCAUUGUCAUGGAGUUGAACACUCUCGGGGAAACUGGUUCAUGCCUCCACCUUCAUCUCAUUUUGAUUAUCCAGUUCAUUCAACUGAAUUGAUGUCGAAGCCCAUGUUAUUUCAGAACCAAGAUGUUCUCAAACCCAAAGAUGGUAAUUGCAAGCUUUUUGGCAUCUCUCUCAUUAAGAAUCCUGCUAUUCAAGCUAUUCCAGACCCUGCAGGAUUUAAUAGAAAUAUGAUGAACGAGGCAGAUGUUGUGCAUCUUAAUACACAUCAAAUGCAUUCAAACGAGUCUGGCCUCAAGUCUGAAUUAUCUAAGGGUUCAAAGUUGGUGGAUAAAUCCCUUGCUGUCAUUGAGGUCGAUAAAUCACAGCAAACAUGCACACAGAACUUGAAGGAUGCGCAGAGCAAAUCACAGGGUGGUUCAACGAGGAGUUGUACAAAGGUCCACAAGCAGGGGAUUGCACUUGGAAGGUCAGUAGAUCUUAGCAAGUUCAAUAAUUACGAUGAAUUGGUUGCUGAAUUGGACGAACUGUUUGAAUUUGGUGGCGAGUUGCUGGCUCCGAAAAAGAAUUGGCUCAUCGUAUAUACGGAUGAUGAAGGUGAUAUGAUGCUUGUUGGAGACGAUCCCUGGCAGGAGUUUUGUGGCAUGGUUCGGAAGAUAUUUAUCUAUACAAGAGAGGAGGUGCAGAAGAUGAAUCCAGCAGGAUCCCUAAAUUUAAAACGUGAUGAGAAUCCAUCUGUUGGUGAAGGGGAAGAAGCAAAAGAGAUUAAAAGUCAGGCAGUACCUUCAAUGUCAGCACCCGAGAGUUCUUAGGUCUUUGCUUUUGUGGGGGUAUAGGUUUUUGGUGCGGUAUGAAAGGAGUUAAGCAGAGUAAUGCGACGAGGCCAGAAGGCUGCGGCCUUAUGUUAUAGGUAGAUGAUAGAAAUGAUGUAUUGAAUUUUGGACACGUGAAGUUAGUAUUAUGGAGUCCACUCUUAUACGUAAAAAUAUGAUGUAUAUGCCCGCCCAUAAGUCUUGGGGGCUUGAGUUUCCAGACCAUAAUUCCACCUUGUAUAUAGGCUCUUGUAACUCAAGGAAUGUAGUGAAUCUAAAUUCAAUUGGGUGCGUUUACUAGUUGUAGUUGGUGGUGUGUGUAUCAGCUGGAAUCUGCAAUUGGUUGCUCUUGCUUUUGCUUGCUGCCUUUAUCGUGAUGCCAAGGCCAGAAGAAAAGAACACAACACAACACGCUCGCACCAGACCAGUGGAAAGUUGUCUAAAGAGGAGGGAGGAUCGGAUGAGAUGAUGGCACUGUAAUAAACCUGAGGUUGGGUAAUGGCCACGGCUACUUCGAGAACGAAGGGUCCAUGGCAUGCAAUGGAAUAAAUUUUUAUGAAAUCAAAGUAUAUCCGAUGCGUGAAAGUCUAGGAUGAGCUGCCCUUUAUUUCCCCGCCCCUCAUCCCUAGUCGAAAGCAAAGAUGUUCCCCGUUGGCUAUUAACUUUAACGUACACUUCUUUGGGGAGCUUAUUUAUGCAAUGGCUCGGCCAAGGUACCAAUUUUUGUGCGUUU